AUGGAGCAAUUACGGAUUAAAGUUCGAUUGGGUGAUGGACAAAAUCGAUAUCACGGUAAACCUUUAUUACGUAAAUUCGUUUAUGUCAUAGACACUCCAUCGACAACAACUAUCGGUGAACUUCUUCAUACAUUACAAGAAUAUAUCAUUGAAAGACUUUCAUACAAACAUUUACAAAUAGUUCAACUGAAAACCGUGGAUGAUUUUACUUUAAAUGUAUCAGAUUUAUGUUCGACUGUACUCAAAGACAAUGAUCAAAUUAUUUGUGUCGAUAUGAAAACAUUCAUUCUUACAUACUUUACAUUUUUUGACAAUAAAAUUGUUUGGUUGGAACAAAUUCAAUACGAUAGAUCAGAUAAAGGAGAGAAAAUCAUUCAAAUUGGCCUUAAUAAUAUUUCCGAAUUAUUUAUAAGACUGAUAUCAACCAAAACUAUUGAUAGUCUUUAUAUAUUUGGAAUGUAUCAAUUGAUGGAAAUUGCCAAAGAAAAACGAGAAAACAAGUUAAUCGGUCGUCUGGACAAUACGAUGGAGUAUGUACCAUCAGCUCCGUGGUUUCUCGAAUGCCAAUGGGAAUAUGAUGCUGACUCUGAUACGUCGUUAUUUAUCGUCUGUCACUUAAAAGUUGCCUCUGAUGACGAUGUCUGGUCUCGAAAACUACAAAUUCUACUUGAUCGAUCUCGUAUGUGUAUUGAAAAGGCUGAAAUGAAAGAUUCAUCUGAUGAAAUCAUUGGUAAUAAUAUUCUAAUAGCGCAGCAAUGCCAACGUUUAAAGGAAUUAGCUGCUAUGAUUCCACAACCGAAACGAACAGGACCACAAAUAGAUAUAAAUGUUCCUUCGGAUUUGAAAAUAAUUAAACAUGAAUGUGAAGGUGAUUCAGCUAUUCUCAUGGCUUAUAGUAAUAAAAAUACUAUCGCAAUGGAACAAAUUGCAUCGAAUGUGGAAGACAUGUUUAUACAACAAUUUGUUAUUACUUCAAUUGUGUUUUCGAAAAAACCAACGAUAUUACCAGAAAUCUUAAGUCAAAAACGAUCACAAGUUGUCGAUAAAGGUAUUUCAGUUAGUAAUUUAUCUUUAUUUUAUCAAAUGCAUGAUGGUGGCUGGCGUGAAUGUCAAAAUCUUGCAAUUGCACCUGAGUCCGCACAAGAGAAAGAUAUCAAAUGGUUAUCUCAUCUUUUAAUCAAUAUUGAACCGAAUAAACUGCUUUCAUACAGUAUAAAAGGAGAAAUAUUAACAAGAGGAACAGCUGGAAGAUGUAAAGAAGCCCGUACGCGAACCAAUAGUGCACUGCCACAACCGUUGAGAAUAAAAAUCGUUAUUACAGAUAAUUAUGGUAAACAAUGUUCAUUAAUUAUCGAACAAUUGAAUAAACCUCUUGAUCUUCUCACAUUUGAAAAAUUUCAAACAAUACGCAGAGAUAUAAAAAGCUUAUUAGCGUUUAUUUACGUUGACGAUUGUAAAUCUAACGAUCGGAUUUAUGCUUGGAUGAAUCUAAAGUAUGACAAUCAGCUAGAAAUUGGUCAUAUAUGGAAUAUCGGUAUGGAUCUUGAUCGAAGAAUGUUUUCAGAACUGCAAUUCAAUGCAAAACAAAACAAAAGUACAGAACAUUAUUUAGAAAAAUUUCAUUAUCAAAAGAAUACCGAUGAAAUUAAAGCAACUAUUUUGUUCGAUCCAAUUACUUAUCUCGCCUAUGCAGUUCGGUUCGAAUUAUCAACAAAAACAUCAACAACCGAAGAAAUCGUGCCUAUUCCAAUAGAAAACAUGAAAUAA